AUGGUUGAUAAUUACCAUCAAAGAUUAUCAUAUUCAUCUGGAGCAAUUGAUGAAAUUAAUCAGACUAAGUCGAGUCGUGUUGAAUAUUGGGCUCGGAGUUUCGAUUUUCUUCUUGAAGAUCAUAUAGGCGUUAAAAUAUUUUUUGAAUUUUUAAAAAAAGAACUCUGCUCAGAAAAUCUGAUUUUUUGGUUGAAAUGUAAUGAUUACAAAAAGAAUUGUUUAAACACAAAUGGAAUGAAUGAUUCCGAACAAAAAGAAGUUCUGAUGCAAUCUGCACGACGAAUUUACAAUGAACAUUUAUGCGAGCAUUCAGAAGAGCAAAUUAAUGUUGAUUACAGUGUUAAGCGAAAUGUUGAAGACCGUCUGAACCAGUCUUCUAUAUGUGCUGAUAUAUUUGAUGAUGCACAAAAACAUAUAUAUAUGUUGAUGAAGCAAGAUAAGUAUGGAAGAUUCAAAUUAUCAGAAAUCUAC